CGGCCGCCCACAUAAGACUCUUCCGCCAUGGCGCGUCUUAAUGCUCAUCUGUCAGCCACGCCUCAGAGCCACCGCUCAUCCACCGUCGACUCGCUGUAUCGCGACCCCACGCCACGGCCACAUCUCAACUCUGCAAGUUCGCGACAAGCUGCCACGCUCUCCGCCAUGAGCCCGGCCCGCUCGCUGAAUUCCGACAAAGAGAAUCAAGAGCCAGAUUCGCGUGCAAACACUCCUCGGCCUACAAAAGCCAGGCGUCCCAUGGCCGCAUCAGCACCGCGACUGCCCACCCCUAACUCUGGCCCCGGCUCUGCCUCUGGCUCAUCCUCAUCUGGCGCGAACAAACGGCGGAGAACCGGUGACUACACUAUCACCAACCCUACCGCUAUCUCUCGACAUGGUGAGGAAGACCUUCACGAUGGCCGGGACGAGGUGUCAGAGCACCACGACAAUGACGACGACGACGACGACGGUGAGGCUGAUGGCACCAAAUACUACAACCCUUGUCAGGAUGUCAGGUUGCGGCAAGCCGUUCGCGCCAACAUUACCAAGAAUCUGCGCGAGAUGGAAGAGAACCGCGACGAGUUGAUCAAGCCUGGCAAUUCUGGCCUGCUAGACCACAUCAAACGCGAGAACGGCCUCAUGGAAAAGGUCAGACAGACAUCGGAUGCCGUUCAGGACGCGCGCUUCAUGGUUACCGCAAGCGACUACGCCGGCAAGAAGAUGAACAACUGCUUGCAGGGCAACGCCGGCGUCGGCGUUGACAUAGAUGUGUUUGUCUCCAAGUGCAUCUUCUUCAUGAGGGCAGGCGGGAGGACCGCGGAAGAGGAAGACGGUCGCGCCUCGACGCAGGAGCGUGGCCGAACACGGACUGCCGCCAACGACGACGAUGAAGACGAUGAUUCGGGCGAUGGCCUUGACUGGGCUGUCUUGGGACGUGAAGCCUGCUUUCCUUUCAACAGACGCCCCCCGACAUGCAGCUUCCUCCUCGGUCCUCUUUCUGUCCAGAAACGCGCCCGCACUACUCAAGCACGCCGUGCUAGGUCGCAGAGGCAGCCUCUCGGCCCGGCUACCAAACCCCAGGAGCUCGAACAGUCGGAUCUGAAGCAGUCUGAGAACUCCAAUUUGACCCAUCUCGUAAAGGGCAUCAAGUCGCGACUGGAGAAGCACAUCCAAGCCGGUACGAGGAAUAUCGAGGCUGAGCUUGAGGAGCUCGGCGACGAGCCCGACGAUGAGGACUUCAAUGCAGCCUGUAGACGGCAGCGUGUCUAUCAGUCUCCCGACCAGGAGCCUUGCGUCUCACUGUUUGACUUUGUAGUAAACCCCAAUUCGUUUGGACAAACCGUCGAAAAUCUGUUCUACGUGAGCUUCCUCAUUCGAGAGGGCAAUGUCAAGGUCCUCCAGGAUGAACACAGUUUACCGCUAUUAGUACCCUCCGCACCCCACUCAUUGCAAGAGCAACGAGAGCGUAAUGUACAAAAGCAUCAAGCCGUAUUCAGUAUCGACUGGCCUACCUGGAAGAAGCUCAUUGAAGCCUUCGACAUCAAGGAGCCGCUUAUUCCCCACCGAGUGGCCGAGGAGACCAACGUCUCAGCGGGAGCCUGGUAUGGCUGAAUACCAUCGCCUACCCUUUGGUCUUGACCGAUAGCGUCAGCCCGCGGUCUAAUGUCUUCUAGCUCUGUCCGACUACUUAGGUACGCUCCAUUCAAAGGGGGUGUUUCGGGUACUAUUUGAUUGUGUAACGAUGGAAGCUAUAUGUGUAAUCCAAUAUCCUUUCUUGGCGCUGUGGGACUACGGGGGGGUUUAAGAGAAUGAUGGGCGUGAUACUUCUUCUGAUUCUUGCGCCUAUUAUUCUUAUUUCUUACAUCGGUACUCUGGAUCUCUGGAUAUUUCAUACCUAUUUACCUCUCGAUACCCGGUCUUGAAUCUCAUUGCGGCGCUUCUUUGCCUGCGGGGAGUAGAUGGAUGGGACAGAUGAG